AUGGCUCCGGCUUCGCCAUCUCCGAGAAGGACACCUUCGGGACGUCCCCGAGGCCGUCCGCUCGGAUCGACGAACGCAGCGCGCGCAGCGAGACAAGCCUUGACUGUUACGUCUGCGACAGAACCGCCGCCUAAGAGACGUCGUUAUGUGCCUGGAGGGCCUGGUGGAGGUGGUAGAUUUGUAGAAACGGAUGACUUGGAGAUACAAGUGACGACUUCUGCGCCCAGGUCGAGGACAACCGCAGCGCGAAGCGCCAUCAAUGGCAAGUCACCUUCUGUGAUGCCCCGACGAGAGAGGAGUACCAGGUCUCGCGCCUCUGCAAGCGAAGAGCUCGAGGAAAUGCGAUGGGGUUCGGCCGCUGCCGUGGCCGCGUCGGUCAAGCAGGCCGAGGACUAUAAGCCGCGAGAGGAACGAAGCUGGGAGGAGUUUCAUCCGAAUCUGGAUAUCGAAAAGACCUUCAUGGUCCUCUCAGCAGACGAGGUCGAUGGUGUUGCGCGAGAUACCCCCAGUACACCCGCUUUGCAAACGCCAGGAACGCCGCUGGCAAAUGGGUCCAUGACUCCCUCAAGACAAAUCAACGCAGCGUCCACAGGUACUACGCCGAAUCCCCAAGGAAAGCCGGACGCGAAUGCAUCAGACACUCAAGCUGGGACUCCGUCAAGACGGUCACGUCGGCCGACGCGCGAAGUCGUCAGCUUUUACAAUGCUCGAACUUCGGAUCUUGCACCGACACCUCGCACGCCCAAAAUAUUACCUAUUCACAACCAAACACCAAAGGAAAGGCUAGAUCUCAAACUGCCGUCAUAUCGCCGGACAAAUCGCAUCGAGCUAUUUGAGAGCAAGACCUUUGGUCAGGCAAGAUACGUAGACAAGGCAAUGAGUAAUGUCGGCUAUCAGGAGAGUGACCAGUUCAUUCGUCCCGAUUCAACAUUAAUCAAGGCUAUUGACACAAAUGCGGAGGAGGACCUCGACCUCACACCCGUGAAUAGCAACGAGGAUCAUCCUCAUCAUACGAAAUUGGGCAAAGUGGAAUACGACAUGGAUGAACAAGAUGAUAUGUGGUUGGAACACUUGAAUACCUUGCGAAAGCAGAAUGAGCUGGAAACGAUCACGAGAGAAGUCUUUGAAAUAACAAUAACGAAAAUUGAGAAGGAGUGGCACGCCUUGGAAAAGAGAAUACCGAAGCCAAAUCCCAAGCCACCGCAGACGCAUCGCCCUAGGUCGAGCUCUGCUGCUGCGGUGAAUGGCGAGACUCAAUCUGGGGAGGAGCCGGAUAGUAAGUGUGCUAUAUGUGAUGACGGAGAUUGUGAAAACACAAAUGCCAUUGUCUUUUGCGAUGGUUGCAAUCUUGCCGUUCAUCAAGAAUGCUACGGCGUGCCCUUUAUUCCCGAAGGCCAGUGGCUCUGCCGCAAAUGUCAGCUCUGCGGCCGGGGCAUUCCCACGUGUAUCUUUUGCCCCAACACUGAUGGUGCUUUCAAGCAGACCAACUCUUCAAAAUGGGCGCAUUUGCUCUGCGCCAUGUGGGUUCCCGAGGUUUCGCUCGGGAAUCACACGUUCAUGGAGCCGGUAAUGGACGUCGAAAAGGUCCCCAAGACUAGAUGGAAGCUAUCUUGCUACAUUUGUCGACAGAAGAUGGGUGCGUGCAUUCAAUGCUCCAAUAAGAAUUGCUAUCAAGCAUUCCAUGUAACAUGCGCGAGACGAGCACGCCUAUAUCUCAAAAUGAAAACUAGCCACGGCGCUCUUGCAGUCUUGGAUGGAAGCAUGGUCCUCAAGGCUUUCUGCGAUAAACACUGUCCGCUGGAAUACAGCCAAGAAAGCAACGUCCACCAAGCGACGCGUUCGGCAAAGAAGUUCUACAAGAGAAACAUGAGGGGCCGAAUUUGGGCUGAUAACUUGGCUAUUGCCAAUGUUAUCGCAGCCCAGCAACGCAACCUCCUAGCGGAAACACCCGAGAGCGCGCAGGGUGACAAGGAAAAGGCUGCUUCAGAAAAGAAGAAGAAUGAGCAACCGCCCAAGAAUAUGUGGAAGCUACCUUCUGGUGCCCCCAUUAUCCCGCAAGCUGUGUUUGACAUUGUCGAGGCUUCCAUUCAACGAUUUCCUUUUCGUAAGCGCAAGGACUUCUUGAGUGAGGCUUGCCGUUACUGGACGCUGAAGCGAGAAGCUCGUCGGGGUGCGGGAUUACUCAAACGCCUUCAGCUACAGAUGGAGACCUUUUCGUCCAUGGAGCUGACUAGGCGAGACUUCUCCACGAUGGGUCCAAAUGGUAAAGCACGACUUGCGCGGCGAAUCGAGUUUGCAGGAAGCAUCCUCAAAGAUCUUGAACAACUGAAGGACCUUUCGGAGAAGAUUGUGCAACGAGAGCAGAUGAAGGUGGAUGCAGCCGAGAUGGAGGAUGAGUUUGUGAAUGAGUGCUACUUUCCUGUGGCUAAACAUUUACCUCUGGCGAUUGAAAAGGCCAUAUCGUUGGAUAAAGACCUGUUCACAAGUGGGCUGGAGAACCUGCGGUCUCGUGUUGACCAGAGAUUCUAUGUAACAGCUCUUACAUUUGCGCAAGAUCUUGGCGACGUUAUCGGCACGGGUAUUCUCAAUGCUCCCUCGUCAUCAUCAAGCAAUAGUAGCGAGUCGCGGUUCGACGCCACGGAUGCCUCUCCAGCAAAGUCGAACUUCUCGGAUAUACGGGAGCGGCGGAAACUGGGCAAGCGCAUCCUCAAAGCUGUUCAGCCUCUACUAGAAACUGCUCUUCGAGUAGAAUCUGAAAUCUCGAACAAGUCAUAUGAGACAGUGCAGAAAGAGCUGGAGAACUUAAUAGACGCCAGCGUGGACACCUCGCGGGUCGCCAUCACAUCUGCUACGACGAAGCAAGAAGAAGACACCAUCAUGGUGGACGCUCCGGACUCGUCAGAGAUCACAGUCAAGAGCGGCUUCAAUGACGAAGAUGUUGAUGCCGAGGGCGACCCAAUGGAUACAGCGGAAGACGCUGAAGGCCAGAAUGGUGGAAACAUAGAAGUCAACACCUCUGGCCUGGGCAUCACUGUCAAGUCUGAAGAACCCCCUGUUUCUUCGCGCAAGAGCAGACGCACCAAAAGCAACAACAGCCUCCAACCGUCAGAAACGCCACCGGAAUCAGAGGCCUACGUCAACCUGGCCGCGCCAACUGCGUCGACAACAGGCGUCCCAGGACCACCAACACCCCCCCACUCAAACGGCAGUUUUGGCAAAGAGCCAUCAGAUCCGUUGACGGAGGGCGGCGUCCUGUGGUACUUCAAGGCGAUGCAGCCCCGGGGGACAUCCAUCCUCGGCGAGCACUGGGCUGCGGGGAGGGAUGCGGUGCGUAUGCUGAGCGAGGAACUGACUGAUCUUGACGACGAGGAGCUUAAGGGGCUCCGCGCGGAAGUUGAUGAGUCGGUUGCGGCGGGGUUGGUCAAUGACGAUGCGGGAGAUGGCGGCAAGGUCAAGGGGAGAAGUAGGAAGAAGAGAGCUUCUGGGCGGCGAAGGUAG